GUUCUGCUUUUAAUCAUUCAUCAGUUUAUUCGCAAACAACAAUCGCUCCGUCUCUCUCUCUCUCUCUCUCUCUCUGUUGGCCGGUCCGGCGAAAACGUGUGAAACGUCAAAACACCGAAAAUCGAGAGCGCGUUGCAUCGUCGUCGAAUUCCCGGUCUCGCUAUCGCCUCCUUUAUCUACGAGUAGUUUUCCCCAGAUAAAAUAAAAAUAAGAGCAGCAGCGUUCAGGAAUCGAACGAGUGGGCGAAUCGCACUCGAACUCUUUUGGAAAUUCCGCCUUUAUUAUGUGAUCGCUCUCCAGAAACGAAGAUCUUUUGCUGCUGAAGCCUCAACGCCAUGAAAACCAUCGAAGGAAAAGUCGUCGUUUUGGGAUCCCAGUGUGUCGGGAAAACGAGCUUGAUUAACCGCUACGUCAGCAAAACCUUCGACGCCCACGUCGGGCCAACGAUCGGAGCUUCUUUCUUCACGUGUAAAAUCAAUCUCGAGGAUGGAAGAAUAAAGCUUCAAAUAUGGGACACUGCGGGCCAAGAGAGAUUCCGGUCGAUGGCGCCGAUGUACUACAGGAACGCGAACGCAGCGUUGCUCGUGUUCGACAUAACCAAGUACAAAACGUUUGCGGAGAUCAAGAGCUGGGUUACGGAACUGAACCGCAACAUAGACGAGGCUUUGAUUCUUAUACUGGUAGGCAACAAGAGCGACCUUGAAAGUGUGCGGGAGGUCGAGGCCGAGGAGGCUCGAAAGUACGCGACGUUGAUAGGCGCGAGUUACCACGAAACAUCGGCGUAUCAGGACGAGGGAAUCGAGCAGGUUUUCCUGUCGGCGGCCCUGGGUCUGAAGAGGUUGAGCGCCGGAAAUCCCGAGGUUUCAUCGAGCCUGAGAAUCUACGACUCGACGACCAGUUCCUGUCUGACCGAAUCGGACAUUCUUCACCACACUCCGAUGAGCGAGGAAAACUUCAGGGACACGUCGAUCGCUCACGGGAUACACGAAAAGCCGCCGGCUUGUUGCUGACUCCGUUCGCGGGGAAAAUAAGGGGCGCCUCGGUGUGCGCGGCUCUCUAAAUUUCGUUCUCGUAAAAGCAGAAAAAAAGGGCAGCAAAAAUGUCAAUAAGUUUGAUUUUUUAACGCUGCGAUAAGGAAACUGGCGCUGCCAAUGUGCGCACUGUCAAAUUCCAAGCUUUAUUGGCCGUGGCAUUGUGAGGGGGGGGGAAGCGAAAACGAUUUUUGUAAGGGAUAUGCCAAGAGAAAAAGUGAAUAGGAUUUUCUGCGUAGCCCGUGCUCGGAAUGAUCUCGAGUAUGGCGCUGGAGAAAUCUCAACUUAUUUUUGUACGAGCAGUAAAUGCGAGAAGCCUUGCGAGGCUGCGGUAAGGUAAUUGAUAAAUUGAAAUAAAAAACGUUUUUUGUAAAAAA